AUGUUCUCGCCGCCGAGGGUGCUGUGGUGGAAGUCGCCGAGGAGUGAGCCGGGCCUGAAGAACGGGUCCGUUUCUGGGCCGGGCUUGGGCUUGAACACUAGCGCCGCAAGCCCGAGGAAUGGUGAGGCAUUAGCUGAAGGCAAGGCGGUGGGUUUUGUUGGGGACGGCGGGGUCGUGGACCAGGAGAUGUUGGCCGACAGGGCUUCGAAGCUCGAAAAUGAGCUCUUUGAAUAUCAGUACAAAAUGGGUCUCCUGUUGGGUGAGAAAACGGAGUGGAAUUUGAAGCAUGAAGGACUAACGCAAGCUUUAGCUGAUGCAUCUGAUACUUUGAAAAAAGAGCGAGCAGCUCAUUCAAGUGCAAUGUCAGAAAUGGAAAAGCGAGAAGAGAAUUUAAAGAAAGCUUUGGGUGUUGAAAAGCAGUGUGUGCUUGAUCUUGAGAAGGCUUUGCGUGAGAUGCGUUCGGAACAUGCUGAAAUCAAGUUUAAUGCCAACUCGAAAUUGGACGAGGCUAAUGCAUUAGUCACAAGCGUUGAACAGAAAUCUUUGGAGGUUGAUGCAAAGUUCCAUGCGGCUGAUGCCAAACUUGCUGAGGUAAGCAGGAAGAGUUCAGAAAUCGAGAGGAAAUUGCAUGAGUUGGAGACUCAAGAGAAUGCGCUUAGAAGAAAACGGUCCCUUUUCGCCACAGAGCGUGAGGCACAUGAAGCUUCUAUGUCAAAGCAAAGGGAAGACUUAAGGGAGUGGGAGCAGAAGUUAAAGGAAGCAGAGGAGAGGCUAACUGAUGGUAGAAGAUUGCUAAACGAAAGGGAGAGAAAGGCAAACGAUAAUGAUAAUCUCUUGAAGCAAAAACAGACGGACCUCGAAGAAUUACAGAAAAAGAUUGAGAUUACCAAUUCUGAUUUGAGGAACAAGGAAGAAGAUAUAUGCAAAAGACUAGCAAGCCUAGCUUGUAAAGAGAAGGAAGCUGUUGAUGUUAGAAAGAGAUUAGAAGAAAGAGAGAAGCAAAUGCUGGAGUUAGAAGAAAACUUGAACACCAGAGAAAAAUUGGAGAUUCAGAAACAAUUGGAUGAACAUCAAAGUAUCCUGACCAAGAAGCAGAAAGAGUUUGAAUUGGAGAUGGAGCAGAAGAGAAAGUCGAAUGACGAGCAGCUGAAGGAGAAGAUGGCUGAGGUGGAGAAGAAGGAAGCUGAGAUCACACACAUGGAAGUGAAAGUGAUGAAACGGGAACAAGCGGUUGAAAAGAAAAUGGAGAAAGUGAGAGACAAGGAAACUGAUAUCGACUCGAAAUCAAAAGCUUUGAAGGAAAGGGAGAACUCUCAUAAAGUAGAGAGGAUAAACUUGGAGAAAGAAAAGAAACUUGUGCUUGCAGAAAAGCAAAACUUCCUCUGUCUCAAGGCGGAGCUUGAGAAUCUUAAGGCCCACAGAGAGGGCCAGUUGGAGAAACUAAAUGAAGAGAGGGAACAGCUAAAAAUAACCGAAGACGAAAGAUCAGAAUUUACUCGCCUGCAAUCGGAGCUGAAAAAGGAGAUAAACAGAUACAGAUUCCAAAGCGAGCAACUUAUGAAGGAAGCAGAUGAUUUGAAGCAAGAGAAGGAGAAAUUCGAGAAAGAAUGGGAAGAGCUGGAUAAUGAAAGGACCCAAAUAAAGAAAGAGGAAGAGGAUGUCCUUGAACAGAAACGUCAUCUGGAGAAACUAAGGCUGUCUGAAGAAGAAAGGCUAAAUAAUGAAAAGCUCGAAAAACAGCAAUAUGUGCAAAGGGAACUAGAAGCUCUUAAACUGGCUCAAGAUUCUUUUGCUGCUAGAAUGGAGCACGAAAAGGCACUAUUAGCUGAAAAAGCCCAAAGUGAAACAACUCAACUGAUUCAUGAUCUUGAAGUACGGAAGCAGGAACUCGAGGCUGAAUUCCGAAGGAAGCAGGAAGAGUUAGAGAGUUCUUUGAACAAGAGGGAACAACUGUUUGAAAAGGAGAAGGGAAAGGAACUCGAGAAUGUCAAUUACUUGCGGGAGGUUGCCAGAAGAGAAAUGGAGGAGAUGGAUUUAGAAAGACUUCGGAUGGAGAAAGAACGCGCGGAACUUUCAGAAAAUAAGAAGCGUAUCGAGACUCAGCAACUCGGAAUGAAAAAAGACACAGAGGAACUUGUUAGUUUAAGCCUGAAGCUGAAGGAUCAGAGAGAACAACUUAUCAAGGAAAGAGAACGUUUCAUUGUGUUUUCUGAGAAGCAGAAGAACUGCAAGACAUGCAGGGAGACUAUUCGUGAGUUUAUGCUCUCUGAUCUUCAUCCAUUGCCAAAGGUAGCAGAAGAUUAUUUGAAGGAGGCUGAGAGGUUAAAUGCUGAGUCAUCAUCCCCUGCUCUGGCUAAAUCUCCUGCUGCUGGUACAAAAACCAUGUCUUGGCUCAGGAAGUGCACCUCGAAGAUUCUUAUAUUUUCACCAGGAAGGAGACUCGAUCUUGAUUGCAGUCAGAAUCCUGAGGUUGGAACUUCGGUGAAGCAGGAUGAUGUCACCAAUUCUUCUAACACAUCACCAAGCGGGGAAAAGGAACCGGAAUUAUUAUCCUCGAGAGUUGCGAAUGAUUCUUAUGAUGUCCAAAUCGUUGAAUCUGAGACUGCCAUUGGAGAAUUCGGAGCUGCUCAAGCUCUUUCAGGUGAAAAGGAACCAGAAUUAUCCUCGAGAGUUGCGAAUGAUUCUUAUGAUGUCCAAAUUGUUGAAUAUGAGACUGCCAUUGGAGAAUUUGGAGCUGCUGCUCAAGCUCUUUCAGUUGAUCAAGAUCCCCCGAGUAAACCUGAGUAUUCUAAUAGUACUGGAGUUAGAACAAGAGGACGUAGGACACGAACAUUUGGUGGUUCUAAGACCAAUGAUAAUGUGGAAACCGAAACCUCUGUUCACACUAAUGAUGAUAGAGCAGAAUCUGAUCUUGGUGGAGCACCAAAGAACACUAGAAAGCGAAAUCGAGUUGAAGGCCAUUCGGUCAAUCAAAUUGUUGAAGGCCGUUCGGACAGCACCGGUGAUCGUCCAAGGAGGAGACGAAGAGUUGUUGCAGCUGAACAUGGUCAGAGAAGAUACAACCUCCGAACAAACAAAAAAUCGGUAGGAACAGUGGCCAAUGGAUCUUUACCUAAAGCAAGAAGGAAAGGGAAGGAAAAGGAGGGUGAGGGUGACCAACUGCUAUCUGAAAAUCUUGAAGCUGCUAUUGGAGCUUCAAGGAAAGAAAUUGAAGGACAUGACUCCAGAAGAAUUGAGGCUGAAGAAAAUGCUGAGGAUCAUCUUCCCUUGAGAAGUACUGCCACUGCUAGCAAGUUUUCUGCAGACAGUCCUUUCAAAAAUGCAAGAUGUGUUGAUAUGGAAAACACUUAUGGUGAAGACAUGGGCAAGAGUGAGGAGGUUAAUGGAUCAGCCGAAUGUGCCAUGGAAGAAUACAGUGGGGAAGAUUACAAAACCGCUAGCCGUGAAGAGGAUGAUGAUGAUGAUGAUGACAAUGAUGGAGAUGGUGAUGAAGUCGAUCAUCCGGGUGAAGUUUCUGUUGGGAAGAAACUCUGGACUUUCCUCACCACAUGA